AUGGGUGAGAAGUCGUAUCAUGAACCAGGGGUUAAAAAGCCUGGCAGAAAACGUUCCUUGAGACCAGUGGAUGAAUUCUUGAUGGUUUGCAUGAGACUUCGUUUAGGGCUGCUUCAGGAACACCUUGCUGAUAUUUUCAGGGUGUCCGAAACGACAGUAUCACGAGUAAUGAACACUUGGAUUAACUUCCUCUAUGAUCACUGCAAAUCCUUAAUAAAGUGGGUCUCCAGAGAGCAGAUUUUGUGUAACUUACCAAAGCUUUUUAGCAUGCACGCAGAUACUAGAAUUGUGCUUGAUUGCACAGAAUUUUUUAUUGAAAAACCGUCCUCUUUAAAGGCACAGUGGAUGACGUGGUCCGAAUACAAACAUUCAAACACUUUUAAAAUAUUGAUUGGUGUGUCACCAAGUGGUAUGGUAACCUUUGUGUCAAGACUGUGGGGUGGGAAUGUGUCAGACAGACACAUUACUCAGCACGAUGGAUUUCUUCCAAAACUGUCACCAGGUGAUGUUGUAAUGGCAGAUAAAGGUUUCACAAUAGAAGAUUUGUUACCAGCUGAUGUUGGAUUGAAUGUUCCACCACGAGUAUCAAGUACAUGCCAGAUGUCAAAACAUGAUUUCUUUAAAACAAAUAGAAUAGCUUCAGCCAGAAUAGUAGUUGAAAUGAAGAUGGAACAGAUCAAAAACUACAAUAUUGUGAACUCAGUUUUACCAAUUUCAGAAGUGCACUUAUCAGAACAAAUUAUAGUUAUCUGUACAUCUUUAACUAACUUAUUGCCUCCACUUCUGAAGUGA